UCAGCGAACACAACCGUAAACAGUUCAUCAGAGUUCGGUUGGACCUGCUACUUUUGUAUAGCAGGUCACUAAUUAUACAGCAAGUAACGAAGUAAGAGCAAACGAAACUAGCUAAGUUGUACUGAAGUGAAAGUGAAACUGUAUGAAACCGUCCUGAACUUCAUGACAAGUCCCAGCGACAGUAAGACCGUGUCACAGCCAGAAUCAUGUUCAGUUUUCUUGGAUUCCGUAAAGACUCGAAGAAGUCAACAUCUGAGAGGGAAGCAGAUGGAGGAUUCGUUAUCAUUGGAGAGACUGCAGAGGAGCAGAAGCGGAAGCUCCAUGCCAUGAACACUGUGCUGCCAUCAACCAACGUUGUUGUACAGCCAACAAAGUCAUCCUAUACGAGCCCAGCUCCACCCACUGAGGCGGGGAAGCCUCCCACAGCUUUGCCUGCCAUGAUGCCAGUGGCUGGGCCCUUGGCAGUGGAUGCUGCCCCAUCCCUCCCAGAUCUCCUUGGGGACGUGCCCUUCACUUUGGCACCUCAUGUACUCGCCAUGCAGGCAGGGUUCCCCCUAAUCCCUGAUGUGCUGCUGUCCCGGGACAUCAACUAUAAUUUGGCCAGUUUCCAGUAUGACUUUACCCUGGAGAACUCCGUGCUCUGUGACUUGUAGUCUCCCUGAAUUUCCGUAAUCGGGACUGUCACUGCACAAUCAUACUGUGAGCAACUUGCUGAUGGGUGGCUCCUCUUUGAAUUAUUAUAACAGGGUCAGAGGCUUUAUUUGCAUCUACUAUGUUAUGGUCUGUAGCUACAAAGUUUUAAAUCAGGCUAAUCUUGUAUUGUUUCUUUUUGUAUUGCCUUUCAUGACAUUGCAUCAUUUUGAUGUGGUAACAUAGUUAGCUGGCAAGCGCUAAUCAGGUAAAGGAAGCAUUAAUUGCAAAUAAUAAUAAUAAUU